AUGGCGUCCGGUAUUGCUGCCGCUGCCACUGCCGCUGCCACUGCCCAGGCCGCUUCGGCCCCCGGCCCGCAGAAACAUCGGGCCUGCGACGAGUGCCAGCCCGGCGGCUGCUCGCGCUGCCAAAAGGAAGGCAUCGCAUGCGUCUACUCGCCGCAGAAGCCCAUGGGCCGUCCCAGGAAACGGCGCCAUGCACAGUCCCUCAUGUCUCACCACUGCCAUCAACAAAAUACCACUGCUCAUCAACACAAUCACUGUCAUUCACCUCAACCGGCCGUGACAUCAGACCUGGCAGCAAGCUUGUUGAGCCAGCCUCUGCCAUCGGACAUAUCCUCCUACCUGACCCUAUCGUCCGAAUACAACACAGACAACUCGAUUUCACUUCAUAUAGAUGACAAUGGGGCGCUUGCUCAUAUUCCGCGCCACAGCCAAGGGUUUUUUGAUGGUGCGGCUAUGCCCAUCAUGAGCCUGAAUCAGACUGAUCUUUUCGAGAGCAUUAGCUUUGACGAGAUAGAGACGGACUCGUCUGUGUCUUCCAUGUCCAAAGAUUUCAACGACUCUCUUCAAAAAUACAUGGUUUCUCAGUAUUUGGAUCCUCCACCACUUAGCGAGUCCAGUCCUAGCACCAGCAUCCACUCCAGCUGUUUUGGAUCGCCAAAACCGCACCCGACCGCCUCUUGCGACUGCCUUGCCUCUCUCACACAAGCACUCAGCUCCCUGAAUCGCCUACCGGCCGAUGUCAUAUCUGCCAUGCAAGUUGCUCGCAGUGCCACCAAGAUUGCUUAUGACACCCUCAGCUGUGUUCAUUGCUAUGGAGACCUAUACGACCUGUCCAAGCCGUCGCCCGUCUCUCGCUUCCAAAGCAUGAUGUGCCUCGCUGCCCUUGUUCCCUCUGCCUGCAACGCUUAUGCUACGAUUUUGGAAAUGGUAGAUAGAGAUGUGGAGCGAGCCAAAGGCCAACUUCAGUCCAUAUAUUUCAAUUUUAAAGAAGUCGGUGGGAUCUGGGGAAACCUCAUCGACGAGAAGGGCUCUGCCUCUCCCGAAUGCACACUUCUCAGAAGCUUUCAUGACCGAUACCUGGACCCGGAGACCUGGAAGGCCACUAUCCGAGCCAUUCUCAAAGUUGAGGUGUAUGGGUUCAAUCAGAAAACGGCGUCUGUCUCGAGCACGGUGGACUGCAGUGUGUCGCCGUACGCGUUCUUGCACUGCGGACUCAAGGAUGUGAUCACGCUACUCGACGAGAAGAACCAAAAGAGGCACGACCUUGCGGAUGCCCUAGUGCAGGCGAAUCACGCUUUGCCUGACCAUAAUUACCUUUUGACCCUAGGUGCGCCGAAACUGUGCCCUCGCGAGGACAGGCCCUGCGUGCGUAUGCUGGAUAUAGCGAGGAUGGCACUGAGCAAUUUGGCUAUAUCAUAA